AUGGUUCCUGCUGCUGCUUCCUCUCAUCUCGGCCCCAAGGUCCUCCCAAUCAUCUUGACCGUUGGAGGUGCCACCGUUGCAAGCCGGUCUAUCGUCAACGGAAACAAAUAUCGAGAGCCAGUCCGAGCAAAGUCAUUCCAAAGUACUCCUGUUCAACCUCGAUCACAAUACUUCGAAAAAGUUCUGGAAUCGAUCUUUGCAUAG